AUGCACGGUUUGGGCAAUGAUUUCAUUGUAAUUGAUGCCAUAUCGCAGAGCAUCUACCUUUCUUCCGAGGUGAUACGUCAGCUUGCGGAUCGUUACACUGGCAUUGGUUUCGAUCAACUGUUGCUGGUGGAAUCACCACAGUCACGAGAUCUGGAUUUUCACUAUCGAAUUUUUAAUGCCGAUGGUGGUGAAGUGGCACAAUGUGGCAAUGGAGCACGUUGCUUUGCUCGCUUUGUUCGUCAUAAAGGACUAACCAAUAAGCGUGAAAUUCGUGCAAGUACAACGAAUGGUCGAAUGGUGUUGGAAAUCACUGACGAUGAGCAAGUGGUCGUUAACAUGGGCAAACCCAUUUUCGAACCAGCCCGUGUUCCAUUCAAGGCACAGAAAGCAGAAAAACAGUAUAUUCUGAAAACAACAGAGCAUUGUCUGUUGUGUGGAGUAGUCUCAAUGGGCAAUCCACAUUGUGUGAUACAAGUAGAGAGCGUGGAGAAUGCAUCGGUAGCAUUACUUGGACCAGAAUUGACAAACCACGAACGAUUUCCCGAGAAAGCUAAUGUUGGAUUUAUGGAGAUUGUGAACCGGAGCCAUAUUCGUUUGCGAGUUUAUGAACGAGGCGUUGGCGAAACAAAAGCUUGUGGCAGUGGUGCUUGUGCUGCAGUGGCCAUUGGCAUUCAACGGGAGCUACUGAACGAAGAGGUUCGGGUCGAAUUAACGGGCGGCAGUCUAAAAAUUUGUUGGAAAGGUUCUGGACAUUCACUCUAUAUGACCGGAUCAGCAACACACGUUUUCGACGGGGUGAUACAUUUGUGA